GUGUCAAAAUCUGAACUUUGUGGUGGAGUGCAAGUUCACGUUCUGCUCGGUGCGGUGAAAAUUGUGAAUUUAGUCGUGAAAUUCGACCGGUCGUGCACUAAAAAGACUUGAAAACAGUGUAUUUACGGCUGCUGCAUUAGAAAAGCUAAUAUUUGCCAAGAUGAGUAAAACGGAUCUGCCGGUCGCCGAGGAUCUCAACGGACUAUUGUCCGGUGACAACGGAAACCCACCGGUCGGGCAACCGGACCUGAAACGUCCCGCUCGGGUGGCGAAAAAGUCCGUGAGCAAGCAGGACGCUCUGCCGAUUGAGGAAGCCCUCAAGAGCGAGCUGACCGGCACGAACAACAUGAAGACACCGAUUUCGGUUCUGCAGGAGCUGCUGAGUCGCCGGGGAAUCACCCCCCAGUACGAUCUGAUCCAGGUUGAGGGAGCGGUCCACGAGCCGACAUUCCGCUAUCGCGUUUCGUACCAGGACAAGGAUGCCAUGGGUACGGGUAAAUCGAAGAAGGAGGCUAAACACGCCGCUGCUAAGGCGUUGAUCGAUAAACUAGCCGGAAAUGCAUUCGGGGACUCCACAUCCAGCGGGUUGAGCGUCAAGUCGGAGCCCGGAGUCGACGGAGACGACGAACCGACCGGAAACCCCAUCGGUUGGCUGCAGGAGAUGUGCAUGGCUCGCCGCUGGCCACCACCAACCUACGAGACCGAGAUGGAGGUUGGCCUUCCGCACGAGCGCCAGUUUACCAUUGCCUGUACGGUGCUGAAGUACCGCGAGGUGGGCAAGGGCAAGAGCAAGAAGAUCGCCAAACGCCAGGCGGCCCAGCGUAUGUGGCAACGGCUGCAGGACCAACCGCUGGAACCGAACCAGAUCAUCCAGAUGCUGGAUGAGGAGGGCAACGAGGAGCUGAAGGCGGCCAGCAUUUCCGGACGGUACGCUGGACUGAAGGAUGCUCGUAUUCCCAGCCUCACUACCGGCCACGGCCAGAAGGUGUCCCAAUUCCACAAGGCCCUGAAGGCACGCAGUGGUGAAACUCUGCGCCAACUGCAGGUCACUUGUCUCAAUGACAAAUCGAUCGACUUUGUGCAAAUGUUGCACGAGAUCGCCACCGAGCAACGCUUCGAGGUGACCUACGUAGACAUUGACGAAAAAACGCUGUCCGGACGCUUCCAGUGUUUGGUGCAACUGUCGACGUUGCCGGUUGCCGUUUGUCACGGCAGCGGCAGCACGGCCAAGGAAGCGCAAACUGCUGCGGCUCGCAACUCGCUGGAAUAUCUGAAGAUCAUGACCAAGACCUAAGGUGGAAUCGAGGCAUCAGAAGAAAUCAGCUCGGUCGAUAAAUCUUAUUCUCGCACAGAAGAAUUUAGCAAUAACGAAAAAAGUGACAUCGUAUUGAAUCCAAAACCAUCAAAUGCGCCAUUCUGUAAGUUCAUUUUGGCGCGCUCAAAACCACGUAGCGCCACUAAUUGCGAGAAGUAUGAACUACCAUUAUCGACAACUUGACGAGCCGAGCAUAAUUCGUCUGGAGCGCCUGUAGGGGCGGGAUCAGCCUUGAUCAAUGAUCCCGCCUAUGAAAAAUGGUUGCACGCGCUCCACUGGAACGCCAGAGGGCGUCAAUAUUUCUUGAAACAAACACAUUUUUACUCUAGGUAUUUGUCAACAGUUAUCUAUGUUUUAUCAUUUUGAUAUUCUUUUUACCUUAAAGUUUAUUCUCUUUCGAGAAUACCAAGGAAGGUGUUUGUACCUCAGAAUUGUAUUUCUACAUUAUUUUUGUUUGUUUGGACAUUGUAUUAUUUUUUUCUUUUAUUAGGCAUAAGGUUCUUACGAUUUUUUCCUCUGCUGUAUUGUGUACUCAAACAAAAUUUUAUCAGAUUAACUAAAUACAUAAAUAACUAGUAUCACUAUCAAACAUUUAAUCGAUGAAAACAAAUUUAAGUAAAACUAUUCUUAGCUACACUGAAAAAAAGACGAAUCGUAGAUGGCGUAUACUUUAAAAGAUGAGUUACUCUACCAGCGUUUUAAAAAAAAAGUAUAUGUUUCAUCAUUUCUCAACUGCCACUGUGCAAAGGAAAUGAGUUUUCUCCAAUUGUGAAAUUAAACCACACACAUGAAAUGGUUGUCGCCUGUCAAACAAAAGAUCAACUCAAGCGAACCAUUCGAGUUAUUUAUGUGUAUAGUGUAAUACGAAGAACUUGGCAAAACAAUAAUGGCAAUCAUAUAAUCGCUGAAUCUUGGAUCAAACAAAGAAAAAUGAUUGGAAUACAACGCAGUUGUUACGCUGAUAACAGAAAGCAAAUCCCAACAAGUUGAACGAAACCUUUCUUUCGAAUUAUACAAAUAUUGGAAGCAAAAAUGUGUGCGUAUUGAAGCCAAUCAGAUGCACCAGAUGUCGCCCUCUCCGUCGUUGGCAGUUAGCAGCACCCGUUGCUUCGCCGGAUAAACACUCGGAGAGGCUCAUCUUGCAUCAACAACCGUAACAUACAAGCUAUACUUUGCAUAGAAUUAGUGGGUUUUAUUUUCCAAGAAAAUAUACAACACAUCCAUUAACGAGUUACUCUAUAUAGUUAUUGAAUACAGUUUUGCCUUAGUUUUCAGCUUUUCUUUAUCGAAACCGGAUUUUACUAUUGAGUCUUCGAUGAUUGGUAAAUUCUGUUUUCGGAUAUUCAAAUAAACGGUAUGAAGAAUAAUCGCUGCUUUUUUGGUUAUUGAACAAUUGCAUCGUAAAUGUAUUUGCUGUCAUUGGAGGUAUUAAAGUAUCAAGUUAUAAACAUAUAAAUAAAAAACCACACACUACUUGAACCUAAACGCUACACAGAUGAAAGCAAAAAGAUAUAUGAAUACAAUUAGUGGGAUUUUUUCAAGCAUCUAACUAUUAUUAAAGCUUAUAAAACAUAAAAAAAGUAUCAGCAUGAAGGAUAAAAGUCCCAUACUUGUAGGAAAAUGGGCAUUAUUUUAAUGCAAAGUAUAGAGGUUGUAACAAAUCCAGAAGCAAAACAUACAAUUUCAACGGAACGAUUAAUACAAUACAGAAUAUAAAUGUAUCGUGUGUACAAAAUAUGCUUCUCCAGAGUGUAAGUCAAUACCAAGAAGAGAAAUUAAGCAAACGUGGGUAUUGCAGGCUGGAAAGGAAUAUUUCGUACACAAUUUUCUUGUCUUGUAGUUUUCCUGUAUCCAAUAAGUAAUCAAUACAUAUAAUGAAGCAAAACGCUA